GAUGAUGUGUGCAGAGCUGUACAGUUACGUGGCGGAGCUGGGGCCGUCCUAACACCCGGGCAGCAUGGAGGGGUGGCGUAUCCAUGCACCCCUCCCUCGCCUGUGCCCCCCUCCGGCCCCGUACCCUAACCUUCCUCCUUCCUCCACUGCCCAGCUCUCACCUGGGUUGCUGACACCGGAGGAUGCCCUGGGCCCGGGUGGUUCUGGACGCCCCCUUCAUGGGUCUUCUUGGUCUUUCAGGAACUUGGCCAUUGGAAUCGGGAUCCAGAACUUCCCAGAGGGCCUGGCGGUCAGCCUCCCCUUGCGAGGGGCUGGCUUCUCCACCUGGAGGGCCUUCUGGUACGGGCAGCUGAGCGGCAUGGUGGAGCCCCUGGCCGGGCUCUUUGGGGCCUUUGCCGUGGUUCUGGCCGAGCCCCUCCUGCCCUACGCUCUGGCCUUCGCUGCUGGCGCCAUGGUUUACGUGGUCAUGGACGACAUCAUCCCCGAGGCGCAGAUCAGUGGGAACGGGAAGCUGGCGUCCUGGACCUCCAUCCUGGGGUUUGUGGUGAUGAUGUCACUGGACGUGGGCCUGGGCUAGCGCCGACCUGCUCCGACCCCAGGAGAGGCUGCGCAGGACCAUGGCCCCUCCUUCCCGCAGACCCUUCCGCUUCCUCUCCCUUCACCUCCCUGCCCCGAUUGAUCCUGAUCAGACGACGACGAUUUGCGCUUUUCUUCCGAGGGAGGCACUGGUGUUAUUUUUGGACUUUCAAGGGGUCGGUGGGACCACGGACUUCCGGUUGGCCUCUGAGUGGGACUGCAGCUCGGGGAAGUCUCUGCUCUCGGACCUCCAGUCGCUCUCACCAGACUCCAGGCCAGUCCCCGAGGGCACCUGCGGGAGCCAGCUACCCAGAGAGAAGGCUCUAAGCAUGCGACUCGGAGCAGAACGGCCGGGGAAUUGCGACAACUGUGAACACACACUGAGCCCCGUGAAGGGAAGAGGCUGUAGCUUUGGUCGGAGACCUGUGUUCCAAGUGCACGCGGUUGCCGUGGUUUCCAGUCCCCAUGAUAUUCAUGUUGAUCAGUUUAUAGCCUUCGUUUUUCUAAGAGAUUUGGGACACCCGCCAACCGCUAGAACUCUAGCCCUUCGUUUACGUGUGGGCAGGGCCACUUAAGCUAAUUUGAGUGAAGGGAAGGCAUGUGGCCUCUGUGAUGAGUCCUUCUCUGCUGGCCAUUUGGUCACUUGUAACCUGACCCAGAACUCCUGAGCCCGGCAAGCUUGGCUGGAGUGCGGCCGGAGCACUUAGAAUGAGAAAGGAAGGACAGGUGGGAAAAGGAGAGAUUUUUUUACAUUUCCCUUUUAAAAGGAAGUGUUCAGCUAGUCAUCACUCUGACAUGACCCUAACCCAUGACUUGAACUAGACUAGAAGCCAGUCUGUUCCUCCGUACGCACAGCUUCUCCAACAGGGGUGAGGACGUGGCUGCCUCAGGUGCAGCGAGGGCCGCCGUCCUCAUGGGUCACAGGAGCCCACAGGACCCUGGGGGGCCCCGCGGAAACGGCAGGCGGCCCUGGAGCCCGGCGUCCAGGCGUCGUGUUGUCCACGCCUGCCCUGCCCUCUGCGUUUACAUGUCCGAUUGCUUCCGAGGGUGAAGGAAUGCCCAGAGGCCAGCCUUCCCGGGGGCCAAUCAAUGUCUGUUCUUCCGAAGCCCUGACAAUCAAAACUGAAGGCACGUCCAGAGGUCUGAGGGGUCGAGAGGGCGUGCUCUGGUGGUUGGGGUGUGUGUGUUUUGGUGUCUUUGUAUGGAGUUUUCUACACGAUGCUUCUUUCUGAUGGACAAGACCUCAUAACUGUGAUUCAUACCAAUAAAGCGGAUACUGUUGUGGAC